GAGACAUACACAUACUAUGUAAAUAAUUGUUAUUUAUGAAGCGUACUCCAUCAUGAUCCAUAACGAGUGUUUUAACGUUCUUGAUCGUGCAAUAUAUUAGAGGGUAGACCAGCUAAGGACGUUCGACAGCAUUGGAAUGCAAAAAGCUUCAAUGGCGGGUUUAUAUUCUGCGUUCUGUGCUUUAUAUCCCUACUUUAUAAUUAAUUUUCUAUUAGCAAUGGUCGAAGGUGCUGUGAACUGCGAUCAAAAACCUCAUUUUUCGAAUUUUAUGACGUGCUGUAAACUACCAACUGUCAAUUUCAAUUCUUAUUCAAAUUGUAGUCAAUAUCAAAAGUCUAACGAUAAGAUUCCCAGCAUGUGUGCCUUGGAUUGCUUGUUUAGAGAAAGCAAAGCUUUGGAUAAUGAUCAAUUGAACAUGAGUAAUUUGCGUACUAUGUUAAAGAAUGUAAUUUCCAAUUCGGAGUUCAUGGAUGUAUUUCUAUUGAGCUUUGAUCAGUGCAAGACACCUGUGUAUGAAAAAAUUAAAAAUUUUAAGAUAUCCAGUCGCAUACCACUGCAAGGAAAAAGUCUCUUUCAACAAUGCUCACCCGUUGCUUCGCUAUAUGCUAAUUGUGCACUCAAAAAUUCUUUUCUGAAUUGUCCAUCGACGAGUUGGAAUAAAACCUCAAAUUGUGAAACUGCAAAGGAGUACUUAGCGACGUGCGCCAAAAAUUUCGAGCGAGGCGGUGGAAAGUUAAUUGUACGUGGUGCUAAUAGAAGUUCAGACAUGAAUUUGAAAGUGAAUUCCAGAAAUAAAACUGGAAACAAUUAAAGUUUUUAUUAAAUUCUGUU